UUUAAUGCAAAAUCAAAGGGGCAGCAAAGAAGAAAGAGAGUUUGUUUCUACUCUUUUGGUUGGAGGAAGAAAGGUUGAGUGAGUCUCUCUGUUUUUCUGCUGAUCAAAUUGCUUUUGGUGCUUGAAGAUAUAAAGCUCUGGUCUAUUGAAGAAUAUAUUCUCUUGAUGCAAGAUUUACUCUCUUAAAACGAUGAUAGCAGAUAAAGAUCACGUUGUUGGACUUUUAGUAGAGAGUUUCAAAGAUGAGUCUAAGCCUCAUAAGUGCCCUGAAGAGAUUAGAGAAGAUGCAGAGUUAAUGAUUCCUAAAAACAAGAACAAUGUGUGUGAGUUGUUUUAUGAUACAAGAAGCGGCGACGCUUUGAAACAUCAUUAUUGUGGAGAUUCUGAUGAGGCUGGAAAGAUGAUACGAGGUAAGAGUCAAGAUACUGCUGCUAAGGGUGGUUUGUUUUAUAUGGACAAGAACGUCACGGCUUGUGACUCGCCUGAGAUUGUAGUUUGUUACAAGAAGAGUACUUAUCAUGUCGUGAAGGAUAUAUGUGUUGAUGAAGGUGUGCCGGUCCAAGAGAAGUUCUUAUUCGAUGAGAAAGAUUCUGUGAGGUGUAACUCAGAGGAUUUGGUGGGAACCAAGUCCCCUGAAGACAUAAACGGUAAGCUUGAUGGUUCUAAGCUUUGUAAUGAUCCUAAGAUAAACCAAGAUGUGGAAGAGUCUUCAAGAGAAGGUUUGGCUGAUGCUGAAGGUUCUAGAAGUUGCAAUCAAGAGGAUUUGAUUGUGACAAAAGAAGCCAAGGAGGUAGUGGCUAUUACAUCAGAGAAUGUCCUAACUUUGGGAGGUAUUCAAUCAAAGGAAGAUGAACAAAAACCUCUUAACAAUAGCCAUAGAAGUGAAGAACAAUCUCCAUCUCAACUUCAGGAGAAUGAACAAAGAAGCUUAGAAACAGAGGAGAAGCUUUCCUCUGUUUCUAUAGCAACCUCUCAUGAACCUGAAAGGCCUGGAACCGAUCAGCAGCAACAACCAGACUCUUUUGAAGAUGGCAAACUUUUCUCUAGCGGAUUUGGAGAGACAAGUUUCUCAGCAGCAGAAGCAGUUUCAAUAUCAGGUCAUAUAUCAUACUCAGGACCAGUUGUAGUCUCUGGACGCCUCUCUGUUCGUUCUGACGCAAGCACAACUAGUGGAAGAUCCUUUGCUUUCCCAAUAUUGCAGUCAGAAUGGAACAGUAGUCCGGAAAGAAUGGCUAAAGCUGAGAAGAGAAGACUCAAAGGAUGGAGAGAGAUCCUUCUCUGCUGUAGAUUCUCUUAAUCAACCAGUCCAAAAGCUUUUCACUUUGAAGCAUAGAAGAGGAAGAAGAAUGAUUUAUAGUUUUGGAGUGUAAUUGGCAUUUUGGUAGUGUUAUUUUUUGGGUUUAACAGUUUAGGGCUUUUGAGUUUGGUCACAGAUGCAAAAUGGUGGGGGUUGUGUAACGGAUGAGUUUAUUAUUAUUAUUUGAUUUUAUUCAUGCAUGUUCAUUC